CCUAGCAACCAACAUAUCAAUGGGUUUCGGGGGGUAGAGUGACUGAUAUGAUUUAGGGUAGAUUUGAUUGCAUUCGACAGUUGGAAAGAGGUAUAGUAUGCCUCAUCUAAAGCAACCGAAACUCCAUGAGCCACUGUGGAAAGACUGGGAUUAUUUAGCACAAAAAAGAGGCAUACGACACACAGUAUAUUCUGUGAAUGGCGAUCAAUAUACUGGAGAAUGGCUUGAUAACUUAAAACACGGAAAAGGUACGUACAAAUGGAAGAAGGAUGGUGCUAUUUACGAUGGAGAUUGGAAGAGAGGCAAGCGAAGUGGUUUUGGAACGUACAGUUUGCCUGACGGUAAAGGAGGCUACACGAAAGGAUAUUCUGGUGGCUGGAAGAAUGACAUGAGACAUGGUUAUGGUACACAGUUCUAUGCCAAUGAAAAGUACUAUGAGGGCGAAUGGUAUGCUGAUAAGCGCAGUGGAUGGGGACGGAUGUACUUUGAAGAUGGAACCAUCUAUGAAGGAGAGUGGUUUGAUGAUGAGCGAAGUGGACAAGGAAUGCUUAGGCUAGUGAAUGAGAAUCGGUAUGAAGGAUCGUGGAAGAAUGGUAAGAAGAAUGGUCCCGGGAAGUAUUACUACCUCGACACGGGUCAGCUGUUUGAAGGAGUUUGGGUGGACAACACUGCAAAGUGCGGCACAAUGAAGGACUUCAAUCGAGAAACCGCCCCAGAAUCAACUAUAUAUCCUAUACCUCAGGUUGAACUUGCCAGCCCAGACGGUGUUAUAGCUGAAGCAGAAGAUGUGUUCCUGCAAGCCCAGGAAUAGAUUUACCCUUGUUAAGCUUUAUAUAACCUAUCUGCUUCCCAGAGUCCUGCAAUUCCAAAUCAUUAACCAUUAUUGUUGUGCUAAUUAUGCCUGUUAAAAAGAGUUGUUCCAGAAUGUUAAAACUAGCAUUAUUCCAGAGAUAAAUAUUCAGGAGGUUCAUUGGCACUUAAAAAAAAAAUAUAUCCAUCAUGAUAUAUAAUUUAAAUAUGACUAUUAAACAUUGGUUAAUCCAAGACUAUUGAGGCAUGUACACAGUUCUUGUGGAUAGGUCCAUGAGGUGAAGAAUGCUUUUUGUUUUCAAGGAAAGUGGACUUUCAAAAGUACAUAAAAUUAAUAGUCUUUUAAAAAAAUUUAAAAACUUAAAAAAUGGUAUUUUGAAAAUAUUUUUUAAUUGGGGCAUGGGUGGGGUAUACACACUGAUUGCACACCUGUUUGGAUAUGGGUCUGCUAUCUGUAUAAAUUAGUACAAAUACCUUGUAAAUGUCGCAUCCAUUUUCUGUGUCCUAAGAGUACUAGGUUUUAGACUAAUUAAUUAUCUACAUGUUUACAGUACUUUUAACACAUGGUGAUCAAAGGUAUAUACUGAGGUAUAGAAAUGAUAGUUAACUUUGGACACAAAAUGCCCAUGUACUAUCACUCGCCCUCUCCCUUCUAUUUAUUUCUGGUAUAAUUCUAAUCACAAUACGGCCAAAAUAUUUUGAUCAGUAUCUUUACCUUUUUAUGUCCAUUUGUACAUCAAUCAUGAAUGUUGAUUUAUUCACAUUAACUUUUUAAGUUUAAGAAAAUUAUCUUGUAUUUUUGUAUGGAUGUAAUUUUGUUAAGAACUUUUCAUGUACUGAAUAUAUACUCUUCAAAUUAAGUUGAGGAUCACAUCUUAAAAUGGGUAUAAUGGGGUUUUUUAAUUGACAAAAAUAGGGGAAACAGGUUUUUGUUUGUUUGUUUACAGUCACUUUAACAGAUGCACACUAAAUGAUAAUGCAGAAGUUUCAUUAGCAUGAGAUUCGUAAUACCACAUUAAAACUGAGAAACAAAAUGGCAGCCAGUAAAGUGAAGAGCAUGCUAGAGCAUCAUCAGGAGAUGGAUGUGCAUGAUUCAACUCUUUGCUUUUCAAUUCUUGCUCUUUGAACUGAAAGUCUGCCGAGUAUGAUGUCAUUUGUUUGAAUCGUCAUUAUUUGUAAUGUGUUGGAUAAAGUGGUCCUUAACCUUUUUAGAAGGGUAUAUAUCAACAAAAGGCAUCCCACUCUUUUUCCAUUUCAUUUGGAGUGUGAAGAGUGUUCUUUUAUCAUUUGUCAUUUUUGUAUUGUUAUGGUCAAUUCUGGCCUAUUUUGCUACUUGUUCAAGUUCAUGAUUUAUUAGCAUGUUACCUUUUUCAUAUACACUGUGCACUUGUUUGGAAUGGAUGUUUUAUUUGCUUCCAUAUACCAUUUUAAAAUAUUGAAAUGGAAAACCAUGGAAUAGUUAUACUUGGAGUGAACAUUUUGUAAUUUGUUUUCAAAAAUGUUUUUGCUACAGGCCUCGAAUUUUGGAAAAUUAGAGGGCACGGCCAUUUGACUUAGACUGAUCGUGUUCGAGUAUGAUGGCCAAUUAGUAACUUGCUAAAUGAUUUUCAGGGCAUCGGGGUAUAUGACUAGGUCACUGCGGCAAUUUGCGGCAUGGCCACUUUUAAAUUCAAGCCCUGUUGUUAUUUUAUUGCCCUUUUAGUAUCAAGCCUAAUUAUGUUUGGAGGCAGGGUCUCCUAAAUUUGUUUGUACACAUUUUAUUAAUAUUUAAUAGACUGUUUUAUCUAUUACCACAUAUUCAAAAUCAUGUUUAGAAAUAAUUUGUAAUAAUAUACUCAGCAGCAAACCUGGUAAUUGUGAAAAUGAAAAUGACCACUGCAAAAAAUAUGCCAUGAAAAAAUGUCUCUAGGACAUUUUCCAUCUCAAUUUUACACUUCAUUAACAAAAAUGACAGAAAAUUGGAAGUUACAUGGCAAAAAAAAUGCUUAGGAAAUUUAAAACCAAUUGUCAAGGCUGUAGCAGUAUAUAUAAAUUGAAAUGAAGAACCGAAAAAAUGCCAAAUUAUUUUAAGCUCUGUAAAAAUUAUAUUAGUGUAUUAUGUACCGGGUACAAAUAAUCUGGCAUGUUUGAAGUACUGUACAUUUGUACUCCCUGCUAGCCAAAAUUUAUAUAUUGUUAUACAUAUUCAAAACACUUUGAUAUACAUGUAUUUACCAUGCUUUGUAUAUACAUGUAUUGUACACUUGAA